UGCCGGUUAUCGGCAUUUCUUUCCCAACGAGCUGUCACGCUGACAGCUCCGCCACCUGUCAGUGUCCAUCAGUGCCAGCUCUCAGUGCUCAUCCAUGCCACCUGCCAGUGCUCAUCCAUGCCACAUAGUGCCCAUCUGAGCUGCCUUUCAGUGCCGCCUAUCAGUGUGCAUCAGUGCCGCCUAUCAGUGUGCAUCAGUGCCGCCUAUCAGUACUGCCUAACUGCCAGUCAGUGCCACCUAUCAGUGCCAUAUAUGAGUGCUGCCUUUCAGUGCCCAUCAGUGAUG